GCUACUACUUCAAGGUGAUGGCUGUGAACUGGAAGACGCAGGUGGACGACUCCUUCGUGGGGCUGUUCUCCACGGUGCACUACGUGAUCGCCGCGUCGGCUCCGUGGGCCGUGCAGGACUUUGUCCGCAGCUCUGGUACCACAACGACGGCCACCCUGGACUGGUCGCCGCCGCUAUACGACGGGGGCCUGGCAGUCUCCAAGUACGUCGUGGAGCGCAACGACGGCCUUGGCGGCUCCGACUUCAUAGAUGCAACCGGCGGGAUCGACAUCACCGCCACCUCGUGCACGGUGACGGGCCUUACGACGGGCUACUACUACGCCUUUCGCGUGGCCGCCUCGAACGUGGCGCUGGAGACGAACCCGCUCACGGACCUGGUGGCGAACUACUCGACGAUCUACAGCUUCGCCGGGGGCGACCCGUCCGCGCCGGACGCGCCCAUCGCUGUCGCCGGCUCCCAGACCGCCACCGGCCUCGCCUUGGCGUGGGGCGCGCCCGCGGACAGCGGCGGCCUCAGCCUGCUGGGGCGCCCCGCCGACGCCGGGCCGCCGCUGAACCUCGCUCGAGUAAAUUGCGAGGUCAAGGUCACCAGCUACAUAGUGUCGAUGGCGGUGAGACUUUCUUACUGCUACUCCACCGAUGUCGAUUUCCGUGGGUGCUUCGCGAACGGCGGCUCCCUCAUCGUGUGUUGCCACGGGACGCCCGUCCUCGGCGACCUCGAGAGUUCAGAGGUUGUCUCCUACCACUCCUCGAUCGGCGUCGAGCACACCUUCUCGCCCUGA